ACAGAUCGAGAAGAGGGGAGGAGAUCAGAAAAGAAAAGAAGGGAGGAGAAUGGAGGUCGCGGCUGGAGAUCUGCCUCACCGCUAGGCUGCUCGUCCACAUCGUCAUCAAGCUCGAGUAUUUGUUCUGCAUCUUCCCGAUCCGGCUUCCUCUGCUUCUCCUGCUUCGCCGCUUCAACAACUUGGCGAAAAAUCUCUGAACCCUCUUCUACAGCAGCUCUUUGGUGACGAAGUCCAACCACUCUUUCCCUUCCCUUGCUCUUUUGCUGAUCUUGUUGUACUUGCAUUUGGAAAGAUAAAUCGUGUGAAACUUGCUGCUGUUCGUGUUGCUUCUUGUAAGACAGAAACCUGCAAGAAUUUGAUAACCUGUGUUUUGUUAGCCCUCUUGCUUCCUCAGUUCUUUAGUUUCAGUAAUUAGUGAGUCAUAUCUUUACUGUUUGUUAUUAUUUCAGAAAAAUACCAAAAACAUUAGACAAGUUUAUUUUUCUGUUCGUGGUUCAUAUAGUUUCUUUGUGCUGUCCGUAAUUUAGAUUCAGAAUAAACCUAUUACUUGAGUUCACUAAAGUGCAGUCCAGAGCUUUUUUGUCACUACUUUUAAACACCAGUUUAUGUGAGUCUAGCUUUGGGAGUUUGCUUAAUAUUUGUAACUCAAUCCCUGUGGAGAGAACGACAUAUCACUGUAAAUUUUGCAUCGAUCACCAUGUAUAUUUCAAUGCGGAAGAGUUCAAAGUUAAGUGUUCAUGCCGCGUUCAGAGGUAUUAUCUGUAGGCAUGUUUUAUCUGUGCUUACUCACAAGAAAAUAAAGCAGUUUCCUUCACAAUACAUCCCAGAUCGGUGGAGAAAAAAUAUGAAAAGAAAACAUAACUUUGUCCGGUGCACAUAUGGCGGAAUGGAAGACACUCCCAUUGCAAAACAGUUUGAUAAGUUGUGCAAUGUUUUCUUCCCCUUUGCAGAGAUAGGUGCCAUGUCAGAGGAGUCAUGCAAUGCUUUGAUUGAACAGAUUCACAAUCUGAAAAUUCAACCUUCUAGUAACUCAAGUUUUGAAAAUAACAACGAACAGCUUGGUACACAGGAAGGUGGUGCACCAUCGAAUGGGGAGACAACAAGUAAAAUUAUACUAAGUACAAUAGCUGUUAGAUGUGCUGGACGUCCGCCUUCAUUGAGAAAAGAGUCUAAGGUUGACAAGAUUAUUCGUGAAGCAAGAGAAAAGAAGAAAAAAGGCGAACAAAGGGAGAAGAAGAAAGCUACACAAAAGGAGAAGAAGAAAGCCGAACAAGAGACUCGUGCUAUGAAAUUGAAAAAUAAAAGAAGCAAUGCAAAAAGAAAAUCAUCUCAGAAUGACAUUCUUCAACAAGAGGAGAUGGAACAUGAGGGAUCAAUUAGUUUGGGCACUAGUGGCGAAAUGAACCCAACCAUGACAGCCGGAGUACCAUAUGGGGCAAUUGAGGAAUCAUCGGUCGUUAUUAUGCCCCCAAUUAUUGGAAAAUAUACAAGCAUGUUGUUUCAAAUUCAGCAAAGUUCUUCUGCUAUAUCCAGAUCUCCACAAUUAACUUUUGAUGGAAUUGGAGGGCUCAAAGAUACGAUGGAUCAAAGAUAAACAUUAGUUGUGUUAUUUAAUGAUUUUGGAUGCAGUCCUUUUUUUGCAUCUGGCAACUGUAAUGUAUAAUAACUACGAGUAUCUCGUAGGCUUUAUUGUUUAGUUGACAUUAUCUUCUACACACCAUGGUACCUUGAUCUGA